AUGUGUUAAACUAUAAGACGGCAACUCUUCAGGCUUUCUAAAGUAAACAGGCUUUAUCCUACAAAAUGAUGCCUUCAUUUUCACUUCCCAUUUGCUUAAUCUGUCUGAUAGCUUAUACAUCAGCCUGCUAUAUUCAAAACUGCCCCAUAGGUGGUAAACGAUCAGUCGUGGAAACAGACCUCAGGAAGUGCCUUCCCUGUGGCCCUGGGAAUGCAGGACAGUGCUUUGGACCGAGUAUUUGUUGUGGAGAAGAACUAGGCUGUUUCUUUGGUACUGCAGAAACUUUGAAAUGUCAGAAGGAGAUUUACUGGCCUUCUCCUUGCCAGUCUGGUGGAAAACGUUGUGGUUCUGAGGGUGGAAGAUGUGCUGCCCCUGGAAUCUGCUGUAGUGAUGUAAGCUGCACUUUGGAUUCCACAUGUGAUAAAGAAGCCAUGUUUGCGUGAAUCAGUUUGUGCACAAAGACCAAGGACAGCACUUCUGUGUCUGGAUAUCAGUUACAUAUUCCUAGCCCUAAAUUCAAAUUGACAACAAAUCUACAGUUGGACACUUUGCCACGAAACAUUUCUUUUUAAGCCAUGAUUUUUAGCAAUGUACAGAUGUGAACAAUGUCAAUAAAAUAUUUACCUUAUCUCUA